CCUUCAACUAAAACCCCAAAAAACCAAACAAAGCCUUAAAAAAAAUGUUCCAAACCUUGAAAAACGAUUUUCAAAUUUGCGAAGAAAUCGGCCGUGGUAGAUUCGGUACCGUCUACCGCUGUUUUUCUUCGGUCACCGGAGAAUCCUUCGCCUGUAAAUCCAUCGAAAAAAACCUUCUUAUUGAUUCCACCGACCGUGAAUGUCUCGAUAAAGAGCCCAAAAUCCUUCAACUUCUUUCCGGUAAGCCCAACAUUCUUCAUCUGUAUAAUGUUUACGAAGAUGACGAAUUUCUUCACAUGGUAACCGAUUUCUGCCCGAAUAGUGAUCUUUACGAACGGGUUUCAUCUGGGUCAUUGUCAGAAUCGGCUGCCGCUUCGAUUCUGACUCAGUUGGUUUCUGCGAUUAGCUAUUGUCAUCAUAUGGGUGUAGCUCAUCGUGACAUUAAGCCGGAUAAUGUAUUAUUUGAUUCGGAGAAUAGAUUGAAGCUUGCUGAUUUUGGAUCUGCGGAGUGGUUUGCGGUUUGUGAAGGGAGGAAGAUGAGUGGGAUUGUGGGUACACCGUAUUACGUUGCACCGGAGGUGUUAAUGGGGAAACAGUAUAAUGAGAAGGUGGAUGUCUGGAGUGCGGGGGUGGUUUUGUAUAUUAUGCUUUCUGGGGUUCCUCCUUUUUAUGGUGAAACGCCAACUGAGACUUUCCAGGCUGUUCUGAGAGGGAAUUUGAGAUUUCCGACGAGGAUUUUCAGGUCUGUUUCGCCUGAAGCUAAAGAUUUGUUGAGGAAGAUGAUAUGUAAGGAUGUUUCCAGGCGAUUUUCAGCUGAACAAGUACUGAGACACCCAUGGGUGAUUAAUGGAGGAGAGACAAGAUCAAUGGCUGAUUGAACCUGAACAAGAUUACUGUUUUUGCCCAACUAUCCUAUAAAUACUAGUAACAGUACAAAUCUUGAUAAAAGCUUCUUAUGCUGUGCUUGUAUAUGACACCAAAAACAAGAAAAUCAAUGCUGCUAUGUUGUGGAGAAGAAUCUUGUAAAUGAUAAUGAAUCUCCUAAACUAUAUAUUAUGAGAAGAAAAAAAAAACACAAAAUAUUUUCAGGCUAUGUAAAAAAAUCCUUUCUUUCCCCACCUUUAUAUGUUUUUGAUUAUGAAAGGUUGAGGGAGAGAAGGAUUAUAAGUAUUGAUGCUUUAUCCUUUAAAGUAUUGUUGAGUUGAGAAGUUUGCUAUGUAA